AUGACGGCGGUGGCCCUCGACGUCGCGCAACUCUGGUCGCAGCUCGUGGCCACACACGACCCCUACACAAUCGACGUGGUAGGGCAUCUCGCGGUGCACCUCGUGUUCUGGUGGCUCCCCUGCGUAUUCUUCGUGUCGCUGGACGCCCUGGCGCCGGGCUUCUCGGCGCGACACAAGAUCCAGCCGGCGCCCAAGCAGCCGGCGGCGGCGGAGAUACGGCAGGCGGUGCUCGUCUCGCUGCGCAACCAGGCCAUGGUGCUGGCGGUGCAGGCGGCCCUGGGCUACGAGUCGGCGGCGAACGGACGGCGGCCGGCGGUGCGCGUGGAGCCCGGGCUGCCGUCGGCGGCGGAGCUCGCGCGCGACGUGGUGCUCUGCGCGGCCGGGCGCGAGCGCUUCCACAAGAUUCACCACCGCUUCACGGCGCCCGUGGCGUUUGCGUCCGAGUACGCGCACCCCGUGGAGCACCUGCUGGCGAAUGUGCUGCCGGUUGCGCUGCCGCCGAUGCUGCUGCGCACGCACGUGGUGACCAUGUGGGUGUUUGUGGCGUGCCAGCUUGUCGAGACGGCCACGGUGCACAGCGGCUACGAUUUCCUGCGCGGGCUGGCGAGGAAGCACGACCGCCAUCAUGAGCGGUUUAAUGUUUACUUUGGCGGCAUUGGCGUGUUGGACUGGUGGCACGGGACGGAUGAGAGGGGCGGGCCGAAGGCGGGGAGGAAGGUUGAUUAG